AUGAAUGGCGUCAUAUUACAACCUAAGAUGCGAAAAGAUAAGCGACAUUUUGCCGCGGUGAUACCGGCGAGAGGUGGCAGCAAGGGUAUCAGACUGAAAAAUAUCAAACUACUUUGCGGCCAACCACUGCUUUCAUGGGUGCUUCGAGCAAUCAUCGACUCCAAUGAAUUUGAUAGUAUUUGGGUGAGUACUGAAAAUGCUGACAUAGCCCGAGUAGCAGCUGAAUGGGGCGCCCAGGUUCAUCACAGGAGUCCCGAAGCAGCUCAGGACAAUACUCUAGCGGUGGACACCAUGACAGAGUUUGCUGAACAUCAUCCAGAGGUAGAUAUAUUAGCAAUGAUCCAAUGUACAUCGCCUCUCCUGCAUCCUUGGAUGUUGCACGAACCAGUCAAGAUGAUUAGGGAACACAAGUAUGACUCUGUCUUUGCUGUUUCUAGAAGACAUCUUUUCAGGUGGAAAGAGAUUCAGAAACCAGGGGAACUAACAGUGCCGGAAAAUCUGAAUCCAAGUUACAGACCCAACCGCCAAGCUUGGCCUGGCGAACUAUAUGAAAAUGGUCAAUUUUAUAUGUUUACUCGAGAAUUACUGGACAAAAGACUAUUUCAAGGUGGCAAAGUCAGCUACUAUGAACUACCCGAGGCAAGUAGUGUAGACAUUGACACAGAUUUAGAUUGGUCGAUAGUAGAACAGAGAGUCACCAAGUUUGGUUACUUUGGAUUGGAGAAGAAAAAGAAUGUCAAGUUAGUGGUAUUUGACGUUGAUGGCGUUAUCACCGAUGACGAGAUCCAUAUUAGUGACAAAGGCGAAGAAUUCUGUUCCUAUCAUCGCAGUGAUCUAGAAGGUAUUAAACUCCUUAAGAAAGCCGGAAUUGAGGUGCGCCUGUUAACUGAAAAUAGCAAUGCCCCGAGUGUGCGGCUAAUAAGUGAGAAGAUUGAAUGUAUGCUUGAGAUUGGCGUCAAGAAUAAGGUUGAGUUGCUUACCAAGUGGGUCGAGGAGUUGAACUUAGAUUGGCAACAGGUAACAUAUAUGGGCAAUGAUGAGACAGAUAUUCCAGCAAUGAGAAAGUCAGGUCUUGGAGCUGCCCCUGCCGAUGCACAGACUGAAACCCGAUAUGCUGCGCGUUUCAUUGCAACCAAUCGUGGUGGACGUGGCGCAGUUAGACAGUUUUGUGACUAUAUUCUACGUCUGAGUGAGAAAUGAUUCACUGUGUACGGCAAAAUGUAGUCCAUUUAUAGUCACAGAGCCUUGAAAGGUGUACACAGUCAGCUUCUGCAGGUGAACAUAAUAAUAGAAAAUCAACAAAAAUAUUAUUCAAAAUUG